AUAAUUACCUACUUAGGUAUACCUUUCUCUAGUGAUAUUGUCCGGCUGCGGCUUCUCUUUUCUCCACGAAAAUCCCAUGUGAGUUGCCCCUCUCUAAACCACUCUUGGACUAGCCCCUUGCCGAUAAGCCCACCUUCCCGAUAAGCAUGCGACCCAACCAAAUUUUCUUCAAGAUAUUUUUCUCAAGACUCAUAUUCUUCUUUCAUUUCAGCCUUCACUCCUCACUCCUCGUUCCUUGUAUCUUCCCAUAUCUCCUAAAAUCACUUCAAAAUGUCUUCUACACAAAUUCCCGCUGAGAUCGAACCUCACAGGGUUUACGAUACGAUCCUUACUUUGGAUUUUGGUUCCCAAUACACUCAUCUUAUCACUAGACGUUUGCGCGAACUCAAUGUCUACUCAGAAAUGCUUCCAUGUACCCAGAAGCUUGCAGAUCUUGACUGGAAGCCAAAAGGUAUCAUUCUGUCCGGAGGUCCAUACUCAGUAUAUGAAGAUGGUGCACCACACGUCGACCCCGCUUACUUCGAGCUUGGAGUUCCCAUUCUCGGUAUAUGCUAUGGCAUGCAAGAGAUUGCCUAUAGAAUUAGCAAAGACAACGUUAUCGCUGGCACAGCUCGUGAAUACGGACAUGCUGACUUGAAGGCAAAGAAAGUUGAUAAUGGACAUGUUGAUCGUUUAUUUGCAGGAUUGGAGGGUGAUGUUAAAGUAUGGAUGAGUCAUGGUGAUAAAUUGGGCGCAUUGCCAGACGGAUUUCAUACUAUUGCUACAACUCAGAACUCGGAGUAUGCAGCAAUUGCACACGAGAGCCAACACAUCUAUGGUAUGGAAAUUUAGAAUCAUCCAUUUGGACUAUCUUUCCUCCAUGAAAAUAGAACUAAUUAAAUUGUAGCUCUUCAAUUCCACCCCGAGGUCACUCACACAGAAAAUGGAAUUCAACUUCUCAAGAACUUCGCCGUCGGUAUCUGCGGAGCUCAAACGAACUGGACUAUGGCCAAAUUCGUGGAUCAAGAGAUCGCUAGAAUCCGCACAUUAGUUGGAGAGAAGGGUCAAGUCUUGGGUGCUGUCAGUGGAGGUGUCGAUUCAACCGUUGCUGCUAAAUUAAUGCAUGAGGCAAUCGGAGACCGGUUCCAUGCCGUUCUUGUCAACAAUGGUGUCAUGAGAUUGAACGAAUGCGAACAAGUACGAAAAACAUUAACAGAAAAUCUUGGUAUCAACUUGAUUGUGGCAGAUGCAUCUGAACAAUUUCUCGACGGCUUAGCCGGACUCGAUGAACCAGAAGCAAAGAGAAAAUUCAUCGGAGGAAAGUUCAUCGAUGUUUUCGAAGCUGAGGCCAAAAAGAUUGAAGACGCAGCCGCCAACUCAGACAAAGCAGGCAAGAUCGAAUUCUUCUUGCAAGGAACAUUAUACCCUGACGUCAUAGAAAGUAUAUCUUUCAAGGGCCCUUCCGCAACUAUUAAAACCCAUCACAAUGUCGGUGGUCUUCCUAAGCGUAUGACAGAAGGUCAAGGGCUAAAACUUAUCGAACCCUUGAGAGAAUUGUUCAAGGAUGAGGUUAGACAAUUGGGACGAGAGUUGGGCAUUGCUCAUGAACUUGUUAUGCGUCAUCCUUUCCCAGGUCCAGGUAUUGCUAUUCGCGUCUUGGGAGAAGUUACCCGGGAGCGUGUCGAGAUGGCUAGACAAGCCGACCAUAUCUUUAUUUCCAUGAUCAGAGAGGCUGGCCUCUACGACAACAUUGGGCAAGCAUUUGCGGCUGUUGAUCCAAGCAGGGCGGUAGGUGUUAUGGGUGACAAGAGAAUGUAUGGAAACAUUAUUAUUUUGAGAGCAGUUCAGACAACUGAUUUCAUGACCGCCAUCGCAUAUCCUUUUGAGAAUGCUUUCUUGUCUAAGGUUUCUACAAGAAUCAUCAACGAAGUUCAUGGCGUUUGCAGAGUAGUAUACGACUACACAAGCAAGCCUCCCGGAACCAUUGAGUUGGAGUAAAUAUUGAGUUUUGUGUUUAGGCGUUACCUUGGUACAUGAAUACCUUUAGAAUUAUAGAUAGUCCAGAUCAAUACAGAGAAUGACAAAAAGGAAAAAGUUAUAGAAUGAAGCACUGAGUCUCAUGUGCACUUAUAGGUGAACAUGACCGAGCGAUGCCGCGAUGCUGAACAUGGAUGGUAAAGAUAUAUUCUGAAGUGGGAGGUCUUAGAU